GAAAGAAUACUUCCGGGGUAAUAGGAGCAGCUCGUCGGCAACAGUGGCGGCGGUGCGGGCAGCAGCAGGCUAGGUGAUGAUCUAAUCAUGUCGGAUAAAGAUGAUAUUGAGACUCCAGUGACAACUGAAGCAGUCCCCAGCCUUGAAGAUGGGAACUCUGAGCCAGCCAAGAAUUCUGAGUCUGUUGACCAAAGUAUCAAGCCAGAGAGUAAACCAGAACCUGUAGUUUCUACUAGAAAGAGACCAGAAUCCAAACCUUCCAGUGACCUUGAAACUUCAGAAGUUCUUCCUAUUCAAGCACCACAGGCUGCAGGCAAAGAGACUGUUUCCAAAGAUGUACCCCAGACUGGAUGGGGUUAUUGGGGCAGCUGGGGCAAGUCCUUGCUUUCUUCAGCCUCCGCUACAGUAGCCACAGUAGGACAAGGUAUUACAAAUGUCAUUGAGAAGGCAGAGAUUUCCCUUGGAAUCCCUCCUCCCAGUGAAAUUUCAAGUGAGGUCCAAUAUGCAACAGGGGAGACAAAUGCCAAAGAGAAUGAAAACUCCUCCCCAGUGAUUGGACCGUUUGGUGUAUUCUCGACCAUCUCGACUGCUGUUCAGAGCACAGGAAAGACCGUUAUCAGUGGGGGUUUGGAUGCCUUGGAAUUCAUUGGGAAAAAGACAAUGGAUGUAAUAGCAGAAGGAGAUCCUGGAUUUAAAAGAACCAAGGAUCUAAUGAACCGGAAUUCUACACUGUCUCAGGUUUUACGAGAGGCGAAGGAGAAAGAAGAGCAGUGGACCACCAAUGAGGUUACUAUGGAAACGGACAAGAAAACUCAUUAUGGGCUACUCUUUGAUGAAUUUCAAGGCCUUUCACAUCUGGAAGCUCUGGAGAUGCUUUCCCGCGAAAGUGAAGUAAAGGUGAAAUCUAUCCUUAAUUCUCUAAGUGGAGAAGAAUUAGAGACUCUAAAACUUGAAUUGGAUCAACUGAAAGAAGCAUUUUCUCUAGAAGAGUUCUCUGAGGAAGAGGAGGAAGAGAAAAAAGGGGAUGAAGACUUUACCAAAGAGAUAACAGAGCUGUUUUCCCAGCUUCAUGUCUCCUCCAAACCAGAGAAACUUGCCAGGGCAAGAAAUACAGCCUAUGAAUGGAUCAGGACAUCUCUGGAGAAGCCAUUAGAAGAGAAGGAAGAAAGAGAAAAACAGUUGGAAGGAGAAAAAACUGAACAAAUCACUAAAAAUUCAAUAGAGGAUAUCCAUGCAUUUGCAAUUCGGAGCCUAGCAGAACUGACUGCCUGCUCAAUUGAACUGUUUCACAAAACAGCAGCUCUGGUUCUGCAUGGGGGGAAGCAGGAAGUGACAGCUAUGGAAAGAAGCAGAACCCUUUCCCAGGUGACAGUUGUGCUGUGUAGAGAGCUGUCCACUCUGUCUAAAGAGCUGACCACCUGCCUAACAGCUGCUGGGGUCAAAGAAAAGGCAGACAUCCUUAAUCCGUUAAUUACUGCAGUAUUUCUAGAGGCAUCAAAUAGUGCUUCUUAUAUUCAGGAUGCCUUUCAGCUCCUCUUACCUGUGCUGGAGAUCUCACUCAUUGAGAACAAGACUGAGUUGCCAGAGGAAUGAGCUGCAGGGCCAGAAGUCUUUGUCAGAACAUUGAAGAACAGAGAAGACUGACCUGAGACUUGUGAUGGCCGAGAAGUGCCCUUCUGUUUUGGGUACCCUUGCAGAACCGAGGGAGGAGAGUUAUGUUAGCAUGUAAAAAUUCAGGCAGGGUAGUUUCACAGGAAGUUCGUUGCCUUCACUGUUUGGCUGACGUAUUCAGAUUCUCACACUGCUCUCCCCAGUCGUUAUAAUUAAGAAAUUAUUUGAAAUAAACUUUUUAAAGAAUGUUCAAAAAUAUUAUCUCUAGGUAAAGGUGAGUGGGACAUUCAGGAAAAAAUAUUGGUCUUGUCUUUGAUUGUGCAGAACACUAAUGAUUUUGUUAAGGAUACGAUUUUGUAGCCCAUGGAUAUGAUUGGUUAUUAAG